CGCAGAGGCCGCGCAGGCGCACGGCAACCGCUGCAAUGGCGGUGCCGGGCUCCUUGAAUAGAUAUCUGCUGCUCAUGGCACAGGAGCACCUGGAGUUCCGCCUGCCGGCUCAGUUUAAAAUCACUCUUCUUGGUGGUGUGACGAAGUAGCUGCUGGAAGUAACCACAUGGAAGAGCUUUGUUUUGACUCCUGACUUGAGAGAGUAUAGUUGAGGCAUGGAAAUAAAGUCUUUACUAUCACUGUUUGGAGGCCAGUUCAUUAACAGUCAAGAAACUUAUGGAAAGUCUCCAUUUUGGAUUCUUAGCAUUCCCUCUGAAGAUAUUGCCAGAAACUUAAUGAAACGGACAGUGUGUGCCAAGUCUAUAUUUGAACUAUGGGGUCAUGGAAAAUCUUCUGAGGAGCUGUAUACUUCUCUUAAAAAUUACCCUGUGGAGAAGAUGGUUCCAUUUCUACAUUCAGAGUCUACAUAUAAAAUAAAGAUUCAUACAUUUAAUAAAACAUUGACUCAAGAAGAAAAAGUCAAACGAAUAGAUGCCCUUGAAUUUCUGCCGUUUGAAGGAAAAGUGAACUUAAAGAAACCACAGCAUGUAUUCUCUGUUUUGGAGGACUAUGGUUUGGACCCAAACCGUAUCCCUGAAAAUCCACAUAAUAUUUAUUUUGGUAGAUGGAUUGCAGAUGGGCAAAGAGAGCUAAUUGAGUCAUAUAGUGUCAAAAAGAGACAUUUUAUUGGAAAUACAAGUAUGGAUGCUGGCUUAUCAUUCAUCAUGGCCAACCAUGCAAAAGUGAAAGAAAACGAUGUUGUCUUUGAUCCAUUUGUUGGAACAGGUGGGCUCCUGAUCGCGUCUGCUCACUUUGGUGCAUAUGUAUGCGGGACGGACAUCGACUACAACACGGUUCAUGGCUUGGGAAAAGCUAGUAGAAAAAACCAGAAAUGGCGAGGACCAGAUGAAAACAUCAGGGCAAAUCUUCGUCAGUAUGGCUUAGAGAAGUUUUAUCUUGAUGUCUUGGUUUCAGAUGCCUCUAAGCCUUCCUGGAGGAAAGGAACAUAUUUUGAUGCAAUCAUCACAGAUCCUCCAUAUGGUAUCAGAGAAUCUACAAGAAGGUCAGGUUCACAGAAGGAAAUACCAAAGGGAAUAGAAAAGUGUCCAGAAAGCCACGUUCCUGUCUCCUUGAGUUAUCAUCUGAGUGAUAUGUUUUUUGACCUGUUAAACUUUGCAGCUGAGACCCUCGUACUGGGUGGAAGACUAGUCUAUUGGUUACCAGUAUAUACACCGGAGUACACUGAAGAGAUGGUGCCCUGGCACCCUUGCCUGAAACUGAUUAGCAAUUGUGAGCAGAAGCUUUCCAGUCACACAGCAAGGCGCUUGAUCACAAUGGAAAAGGUGAAGGAAUUUGAGGACCGGGACCAGUAUUCACACUUGCUGAGUGACCAUUUUCUACCAUACCAAGGUCAUAAUUCCUUUCGUGAGAAAUAUUUUAGUGGUGUGACAAAAAGAAUUGCCAAGGAAGAAAAAUCCAACCAAGAGUGAAAAUCAUGAUGUUGACAAUCAAGAAAGAAUAAGCGUUUUAUAGAAAUGAUCUGUGCUGUUUAAAAUUUUUAUAUAAAUAACUGCUGUAAAUCAAAAUCGAAUAAUUUCAAAAUGAUCUUUGUUUUAGAGACUAUUUUGAUGUGUCUUUUGAACCUUGUUAAGUUCAGGGACUGAUCCAUAUAGAUGGAGUCGGUGUUUAUAUUUUUACAGAGAAAAUAUUGUUAACUUUUUAGCCAUAUCUGCCAGAUACAUAGUAAGCAAUUAAUAGUACUUUUAGAAUAUUUUCAUUUUGUAAAUUUGCUUGGCUUGGUUUUUAGUUGUAACUGUUUUUCAUUGCCAUCAAUAAACUUUACUGAGAAUUUCUAAAAA